AUGAGGUGGGUCGCUUCACAUUCCAGCAGCGGCGGUGGUGUCCGGUCUCCGCCCGCGAAGGAACCAUGGCUGAAAAACCACGUUGAUUUCAACCAGAUUUUCCUCGCUGGAGAUAGCGCCGGAGCCAACAUUGCACACCACCUAAUCUACCAAAUAUCAGAGCAGAACCCGGGUCGAAGACUGAUCAAGAUAUGUGGGGUUGCUUCAAUUCAGCCGUACUUUUGGGGAAAAGAAGCUAUUGGGUCGGAGGUGCAUGACUUAGUUCAGAAGAGUAUGGUGGACCAAGGGUGGAGUGUGGUUUGCCCUUCAGACAAGGGAAAUGAUGACCCUCUCAUAAACGUUUUUCCAGAGGAAGCUCCGAGCUUAGAAGGGUUAGAAACUUGUCCUAAGAUAUUGGUUGUUGUAGCAGGGAAAGACAUAUUGAGAGAUCGUGGUUGGCUUUACUACGAAAUAGAAAAAGAAAAAGAAAUUGGAAUUGAGGCAGAGGAUGAGAUGAUUAACCUCCUUUUGUCUGAGGUCAUGGGUGGAGCCGACGUUGCCCCAGCUACUGCCGCGGAGUCGAAGAAGGAAGAGAAGGUUGAAGAGAAAGAAGAAUCAGACGAGGAUGAUAUGAUUUUCAGUCUCUUCGACUAG